UAUCUCUUUAUUUCUACCAGGUUUUAAAAUCCUUUGUUGGAAUGACCAAACCUGCUAUGGUUAAAGUGGGCAACUCUUACAAGUGUUCGCUGUGCAAGAAGGCAGGCGAUUACGCAUCUCUUGUGCCCCACAUUCAGACUCAUUCAAGAAACGUCCUCACGUAUAAAGGAAUACAGAUAUACCGAUGUGGCUUGGACUGCAGCGGCGUGCCGCACCACCACUGUUGUUUUUGUAACCAAAGCGUCGUCUUGAAAAAUGUGUUCAUACGGCACUUGAAAAGAUGCGAGGAAUGUCUCAUACACCAGGACAAUUACAAACAGACUCGUUCCGGUGAUCAGAACAGUGGCAGUACCACAGCGCCGUCUCAGCCGUUAGCGAAUGCUCCUGCCAUGGGAAUUGUGGUACAGACCCCGUCUGGACCCGCGCUACUGCGAACGGUAACCACUCCUGUUCAGUUGCAAGGCACUGCGGGACCUUUGUUGCUACAGGCAACACAUUUGCCUCUGCAAACCUCAACAGGUACAUCGUUGCUCCUUCAAACCACAACAACCGCCUCCUCGCCAAAGCAAGCCUCGACAGCUAAGUCCUCGACAACAACAACAACAACCAUGUCCACUUCUAAUAACGCUCUAACAACGGCAUCCUCGCAGGAUGACGAGCCAACAACUACAUCGUCUCCAUCACAAGCCCCUGAGCUGAAGACCCCGACUAUUGCAGCUAUGGAGCUGACCCCUGAACUUAUGGAAACCAUAACAAACACCACCACAACCACAGCCAUGUCGCCAUCGUCUCCUUUACCGCAGCAGCCCACGACAACAACGUCGUCGGUCACUUCGUCCUCUGCAGAUCAAGCUCCAGCAGGCACAGCCUCCGAAGAGCAAGAAUCCUCGUCCGCCAACCCAGCGUCCCCCUCUCACUCACCGCCGCCUCCCCCGGCGUCCGAAAUGGCCGAAACCUCUCCGUCCGAGUCCAAGGAGCAGAGGCGAAGGAUCAAGUGCCCCCACUGCCCCACGGUUCUCUUCAAACGGAACCUCAAGGUCCACGUCGCGCGGCACCACAAGGACCUGCCUCCGCCGCCUGCAGCGGCACCGGGAAACCUCAAGAGGGCGCCGCAGCUCAAGAGCGUCUCCGUGGACCGCAAGAACGGCAUCGUGGCCGUCCAGAGGCACGCGCGCGGGUUCCUGGCGCCCGUGCACGCCCAGCGCAAGGUGAGCGGCGGGCAGGUGGUCAGGUGCGACCUGAAGGAGUGCCAGCAGUUCCAGCAGAUGGCCGAGCGCCACGGCCUGAGCGUCAGCCACUGCCAGCACACGCGCGACCUGGACCUGUGCACCGAGACGGCGGCGGAGGAUCCGCUGGACCAGGAGGUGCUGGACGAGAUGGUGCUCCUCAAGCACCUCAGCGACGCCAAGCGCGCCAUGUGCCUGCGGCGGCAGAAGAUGGCGCAGGCCGCCAAGGUGCCGUUCGCGGUGCGGGUGGAGCUGGGCGGGGGGCGGGCGCCGCCACGCCACGUCUUCGUCUCCGUCCACGAGCCCAAGACCAACGACUUCAGCUGCCUGGGCCGGGUCAUGGUCAGCUACGACGUGGACCGCAACGUGUGGCGCUGCCCGUGCACCAAGCCGCACUUCCUGUGCCUCCACAAGAACAUCGCCAGGUGGCACGUCUUCCAGACCGACCGGGACUUGAUCAGGAACCCGGGGUUCUCCUCCUCCAGAGAGGCGUCGGGGCGAGGGAACGCGGGUUCCGCCGACGGCAACAGGGCCGGUUCUGCCCACGGAGACGUCAAGCGGAGCGUGGAGUACAUCUACGAGCACAAGAGAAUCCCCGCCGAGCUGCCGGAGGACCUGACCAGCACCGUGUUCGAGUUCCCCGCCCAUCUGUUUCCCACGGAGACGACCUGCGACCUCUGCUCGCACGAUCCGAGCCUUGAAGAGGCGGAGAUCGUGACGGAGCAGGCCAAGAUUGUCACCAUGAUAGGAGUAGCUGACCACGUAUCCACGUACAUCAGGCGUUGUCCAGACUGCCAAGUCCUCUACCGGUAUCAGGAGUGGCAAGAUGGCCUCCACAACUUCGACAAUCACCUCAUUCUGAGUAUAGAGUUCUGUCUCUAUCUCAGACACAGUUUACAGAACCAAAUCCCCGUGUCCAGAGCCGUUCAGACGCUGGAGAGGUUGCGCAAGGUCCGCUUCCCCUCCGCCGAAGAUCUUCUCAACGCCUACUCACACUUUGAGGCGAUGAAUGGCUCCGAAAACACAGACUCUACCAUUGACGACAAUGACUGCAGCCCCGCUCUAGUCACGGACCUACACAGGAAGGCUUUCCUGACCCUUCAUUGGGGAUGAUUGUGUGUGUUUGUGUGUGUGUGUGUGUGUGUGUGUGUGUGUGUGUGUGAAUUGCGAGUAUGCGUUACCUAAGUCAGUGGAUGUGAGUUCUGCAUGAUGCAUGAACGCCGAGGUAUAAAAGCGAGGCUUCAGAAAGGAAAGGUCUUGACCAUGUGUAUUCUUCCGUGCGUUCACUUAGCACUGCUAAUCUCACUGAUGAGCUAGUCUUUCUUUCUGAAGGGUUGUGCUAAUUAGAAUCAGCAGGUUUAGUAAAUUAUGGAGGUGCACGUAAAGCACACCAACACGAUUAUUUUAUGGGGUGCUGGGUGCUGCAAUGGUGUUUAGGCCUGUUCAUGGCUUUCAUCGGGUCCCUUUCCACAGGUGUAUAAAAUCAAGCACCUUGAUUAUGAAUAUAGGGUACGAUCUGAUACAGGUCGAAAUGUCAUUAGCUAAUAAACCAUACAUACAUUAUACUAGUGUACAUACAUACAUACAUGUGUGUAUGUCAGAGAAGUGCUGCACACACUCUAUCAUUGGGAAAUCAUUGUGAGCCAAUAGAAUGAGUAGUAGUAGGACUUAAACUUUCUAAAGUCAGACUUUCCACCUCUGCUAGAAUCCUACAAUGGUUCUGAAUCUAUGUUCCAUCAGCAAUAGGCAACUUUCUCACUUGCGUCGUUAUUUUAGCAGUGACAGUAUGUGGACACAUUGACUGACAUGCAUAAAACAUUGCUUUAGAUUCCCUAACACCUUGAUGACCUGGGCCGGGUUUCCCAGAUUCGUUAAGAAACUCGUAAGUGCUAAGAACUUCUUAGGAGCGUUCUUAGAACGUUCUUAGAGCACUCCCAAGAAGUUCUUAGCAUUUAGCCCUGGUCUGUCUGCGUGUCUAAAACAGAAUAUUCCAGGUGUUAUCCCAGAGUUAGGUGGCUAAUACUCUGUGUGUGCAAAAAACAUAGUCUGGCAACCCCACCAUUAACUCCUAAGUGACAAAAUAGACUUUAACAACUCCAAAAUGUUGUUGUUUACAUGUUGUGACUUGUGUAUGAACCGGAUGUAGAAACAACAAUGUGAAAAUGAUAGCAGAGCAAUUUUCUAAGCAGAAACAGUACAUAUCUGGAACUACUUUCUCAUGUUGGCAGAGCACUGCUACCUGGGCGUAGUGAUUACACGCAGCUGCACUGUUUCCCCCGGUGUCACGUACACAGACUUAAAGUAGUCAGUGAGCAUGUUUACAUGCACACUAACGAUAAUUGGCAAUGAUCGUUCAAUGAUCUGUUCAAGGUGUAUACAUGUCUAGAAUAAAUCAGAAUAUUGCCAGAAACCUAGGUGUUUUGAACGGAUUUUUCAAAAAUCGAUAAUAUUCCUGAUGGCAUUCCAGACAACUCGGAUGUCUGAGGUCGGACUACAAUUCCGACGUUGAAGAUGGGGUAGUAAUGGGAAUUCCGACUUCAAGUGGCGUUCCACUGUACUUUUUCCCAGUAGGUGGUCAGAAGUCUUGACCUCUGAGUUUGUCUGGAAUGAAAUUGGGAGAUUCCUACUGGGAAAUAUCUGACCUCCAAGUAGUCUGGAAUGCAGCAUUAACCCUAAAUUACUCGAGGGACAAUGGCCCUUUUAAUAUAAUUGACUAGCAUCUGCUAGACGAGUAGAUGUAAAUCAUAUAAAAGCCUGCUUAGAAAAUUGCUGUCCUUGAUGAACAGAAAAUAAGCUGAUUUCCCACAAUGUUGACGUGUUCCUUAAAACAUACAUAUGCCAGAGAUAUCGAUGGGGACUAGAAAGAGGUUUUGUCUUGUGCAUUUAAACUAAACAGAAGCUAUUACAUGAAUUGUUAAUUGUACCUCUGACCAUUGUGGUUUUGAAUGAUUGCUGGUUCAAUAUACAGUAGUUCUUUAAUCAAUAGGUUUUUUGUACUACCUCAAGAAUGGAUGAAUAUGCUUUUUACCAGCUGAUACCUUAACAAACUGUGGCUUCCUUUGGCAGAAGUUGUAUAGUAGCAUUAGUGUAGGCACCUGAGAUAUGGGUGAAUGUCCCCGCCUCUUUAAAUAAAUCCAUCUGCC